UGCAGGAGGAGAAGACAGGCCACGGCGUCCGACACACACAGAAGAAGCCGCGAGUAGGAACCUGAAGGUCUCCAACGCUCCUCGAUCCAUCGAAGAGAGAUGAGGACGUACGAGCUCAUCAAGGACAAGGACGACCUGGAGGCCGGCGUCAAGUACAACCGGAGAGCGUCGCGGAAGGAUGAGGCGUUCGCCGGCCAGAAGCAGGGGCAGCGCCUCGUCUCCCUCGACGUCUUCCGGGGACUCACCGUCGCGCUCAUGAUAUUUGUAGACGAUGCUGGAGCACUUUUCCCUUCCAUCAACCAUUCUCCAUGGGAUGGUGUAGCCCUUGCUGAUUUUGUGAUGCCAUUUUUCUUGUUUAUAGUUGGAGUUGCACUUGCAAUUACACACAAGGGAGUCACAAACAAAGUUGUAGCAACCAGGAAAUCGGUAUUUCGAGCAUUGAAGCUCUUUGUUGUAGGUCUUCUGAUUCAAGGUGGCUUUCUUCAUGGCCUUCACAAUUUAACUUAUGGAGUUGAUCUUUUGGGAAUAAGAUGGAUGGGAGUGCUACAGAGAAUAGCAAUAGCCUAUCUGUUGGCAGCAAUAUGUGAGAUCUGGCUUAAAACUGAUGAUAAUGUUGAUAAUGGAUAUUCCUUAAUCAGGCGAUACCGAUUGCAAUUGUUGAUGGCUUUGAUUCUUACAACCAUUUACAUGCUUCUUCUGUAUGGCUUAUAUGUACCUGAUUGGGAGUAUCAGAUAGCAGUGGGAGGCUCCAUGUCGAAAUCCUUAUCAGUCAGAUGUGGAGUUAGGGGUGACACAGGACCUGCCUGCAAUGCGGUGGGAAUGAUCGACCGUCGGAUCUUUGGCAUCCAACAUCUACAUAGACGUCCUGUUUAUGAGAGAACAAAGCAAUGCAGCAUAAAUUCACCAGAUAGUGGCCCACCUCCACCUGAUGCUCCUUCAUGGUGCCGAGCUCCUUUUGAUCCUGAAGGACUACUCAGCUCUGUAAUGGCAACUGUUACUUGCUUGAUUGGAUUGCAAUUCGGGCAUGUUAUCAUACAUUUUAAGGUUCACAAGGAUAGAGUUAUCCAGUGGAUGGUUCCUUCCUUCUGCCUGUUAGCAUUAGCCUUUUCAUUGGACUUAUUCGGAAUGCAUAUGAACAAGCCUCUAUACACAAUAAGUUACACAUGCGUCACUGCUGGAGCUGCUGGAGUGCUAUUUACUGCAGUGUAUCUGCUGGUUGAUGUCUAUGGCUACAGGAGGCCAGUGUUGGCCAUGGAAUGGUUGGGGAUGCAUGCGCUCAUGGUCUACCUUCUAAUAGGUUGCAACAUCUUGCCAGUUUUCAUCCAGGGGUUCUACUGGAGGGAGCCUCAGAACAAUCUCUUGAAGGUCAUUGGCAUUUCCUAACUAUUGCGGAGGAUUAUGGUGAGGCAUGCACGUAGUGGCCUCGUCUUCAUCGAUUGCUCUGUGCAGAGGAGGUCACAAGCAUGUCUCGAGAGACUGCUGCAAUGGUGGAGAGGCUUACUCACCAAUUAUGCGAAAAGGUGGUUAAGUUGCAGACCACAGAAUCUGAUUUGCGUGCAUGCAGUACGUAAUGUGUAUAUACCAAUGUCAGAGGAAGGAGUUAUGGGUCUCCAUCUUUUCUGCUAUGUAUUGAUCUCUUUUAGGGAUUCUAACCUGAAAGUAUAUUUGUCAGUAAGACUCAUU